GGCCAGUCCCAUCCAUUGUCUACUUAUAUCCAUUCCCUCGCGUCUGCGGAUAUCUGCGCGCACGGGUCGUCGCAGUCUCGAAUGGCUUUCGACAUCUCUUUUCACCGCUAUGCAUCAAGACAACGAUCCGGACUCUCCGACCCCACGGACGCAGAGUGGACACUGCGGCCUUGGUUGUCCAGGCCCCAAUACUAUUGAGACACUCCUCUCGGCGCUCAUUUCCUGGAUCAUACAACUUCAGAGUCGCGAGCUGCAGCGGAUUCGGGGCCUACGGCCUAGUCUAUCAAUCGUUUUAUACAUACCUUCGCGUUUGGGCCCAGCCCCUAUGUUCAUCAUAGCGCCCGCAACAAUCAGACGCGAGGCUCUCAUCUUUGAUUCGCGGCUCACGACUCGUACCAACGGCGGUGGACUCCGAUAAGAUGCGCCUUUUCUUGCUUUUUCCUUUCGCCUUGGCCGCGCCAGCCUUUUCUUUUGCCUCGUCCCAGCUUUCCUUUUCUUUCCUUAUCUUUUCUUUUCUUGAUUUCCUCCGUUUUCUUCCCUUCGUAUGGAGUAUUCGAAAGAGUGGCGGGGCCACAAAACACCUCAAGAGAUCGUCGAAACCGUAGCAAGUGACGACCGAUAUGACUUUGACUUCCACGACUUGGACCGGGUGCAGCGGAGGUUGAAGCAGCGCCAUGUGCAGAUGAUCGCGAUCGCAGGCACCAUCGGAACAGGCCUGUUUCUUGGCUCCGGCAACGCGCUCCGAGUGGCGGGCCCUCUCGGGUCUCUCGUCGCGUACGCAUUGGUUGGAACAGUCGCGUACUCGUCGCUGUGUUGCGUAGGAGAAAUGACAACCUGGGCACCCAUCUCUGGCACGUUUCCGCACUAUGCCGCGCGUUGGGUGGAUCCCGCAUUCGGGUUUGCCGUGGGAUGGAACUAUUUUUACGCCAACGCGACUGCCAUUCCGGUGGAGAUAUCUGCGGCUGUGAUCCUGUUGACCUUUUGGGAUAGUAAUCCCAAUCAUGCAGCUAUCUACACCGCGCUUGUUGCGAUAUUGAUCUGUGCAAUCAACAUCUUUGGCGUUCGAUACUUUGGAGAAUCCGAGUUCAUUUUCUCCAUUUCGAAGCUUGUUGUUAUCACCAUCAUUUUGGUAACCGGGCUCGUCGUUGAUCUCGGGGGGUCUCCAAGUCAUGAAGUUGUCGGUUUCAAGUUCUGGACGAACCCUGGUGCUGUGAAUCGAGCUGGACUGGUGUCAGACCUUGGAGCGGACCGGUUCUUUGCCAUUCUGAAUGUAGUCAUCCAAGCGGCGUUCUCUUUCCAAGGCAUUGAGACGGUGUGCAUCGCUGCUUCCGAGAUGGAAAACCCUCGCCGCAACAUCGCCAAGGCCGUCAAGAGGGUGUUCUAUCGUAUCAUCAUCUUCUACAUGCUCGGAAUACUGAUGAUUGGCAUGCUUGUUGCCUAUGAUAACCCUGCGCUUCUGUCUCGUGUCGGGACUGCAGCUCAAUCGCCCUUUGUGAUUGCAUUGAGCAGUGCUGGCAUCAAAGCUUUUCCGCACAUUGUAAAUGCCGUCAUCUUCACCAGUGCCUUCUCAGCGGGCAGUAGCGCGGUGUUCAGCAGCUCCCGGGUGUUGUAUGGCUUGUCUAUCCGAGGACAAGCCCCUCGCUUCUUGGCUUUCACCACCCAGCAGGGGCUGCCUAUUGCCUCUGUGAUGGUUUCGUGCGCAUUUGCGUUGAUGGCGUUCAUGACAGUAUCAUCAGGGGCAGACACGGUCUUCAAUUGGUUCGUGUACGUCUCGACGACAGGUGGAUCUAUCGGCUGGUUCUCGAUCAACCUGACGUAUCUCUACUUCUAUCGUGGGAUGACUGCUCAAGGCUACGACCUCAAGAAAAACAUCUAUAGCAAUCCCCUGCAGCCCUACCUCUCGUACUGGGGCAUCGGAUGGACUGCGUUCUUCACACUGGCCAACGGCUAUGCUGUGUUCUUCAAGUUCGAAACAUCCAUCUUCUUGACAGCAUACAUCAACAUUCCCAUCUUUCUCAUGCUCUACCUCGGCUACAAGUUGAUCUACAAGACUCGAGUCUGGAAACCACUCGAGAUGGACUUCGUGACGGGCAUCCCGACCGUGGAAGAGACGGAACUCCCACCGGAGCCUGCAGACACGUUCUGGGCAAAAGUGGGAGAUUUCUUGUUCUGAGAUACUAGGGCUAUGUUGUAUAUGCUCUGUUGUAAGAUUAUUGUUGUAAGUUCGUAUAUACCUAUU